AGCAUCAUGUCAGCCUCUACAGUCCUGCUUCUGCUGCAGCUGCAGCUGCUCGCCUCCCUGGUCUCAGCGUCACAUCACUGGGGAGGAACCAUGAACUAUGCCUACAAAGGAAGGAACCCUGAUGGGUCUUUCAAGAUGGUGCUCCGCGGUAAAGACACUUACGAUAGCUGUAGUAAUUACCAUUCCUGGAGCUGUUAUACUGGCAACUGUGGCAGUGUAACCAGCAGAAAAAUUACUACAAUCGACCUUAGCACCAACACGCCAUCCUAUGAAAGCCAGUGGUGUGAGACAGAAAAUGUUGAAACGUGGAGAGUUCCCAGUGACAAACCAUUUCAGCUCAGGGUGGCCAGCUGCUGCUGGAUCACAACACGUAACUCAGUAAGCGACUGGAGGUUAGAGUCUCUGGUAGAUUUGGGAACAAGAUCAGACACAGGAGAACCGAACAGAUCUCCUGAUAUUGCUGUCCUGCCCUUCAUUAGAGUUCCACAGAACUGCCCAAGAACUUACAAGAUGGCCGUCUUCGAUGCAGAUGGUGACGAAGUCAUGUGCAGGUAUGGGAAUCUCCAAGGAAUAGAGUGCGACGUUUGCUCCCUGCCUUCAGGAUUCAGCCUAGAUUCGGACUCGUGCACAUUGCGCUACCAGUCCACCAGUGCAGAUAGCAGCAUAUUUGCGUUUGAGAUGGUGGUGGAAGACUUUGCACGGAACAGGAUUGAUCUCUCCUACUCUGAUGGUUCGAAAACGUCCAAAUCUGCGCUGCUGUCAAGGGGAAAGACAGAAGGCUACACAGCUGGUGUAUAUGCAGGGACUCUACCUGCAGCCACAGUCUCACCAACUAGCUGGGGCGGGGCAGAACCAUCAUAUAACACCACCGCUGGAAACCCCCCCUCACCUGGGACGACUUCAUUUGCACAAAACAGGAAUGGCUCUCCCCUCAGCAAGUUACCGCUGCAGUUCGCUUUUCUUGUGGACCCAGUUGUUCCGUCGUGUCAGGAGGGGCAGUACCUGCCUCAACUUGUGGCUCCAACACCUGCAGAAGGAGAACGCAUCCUAGCAGAGGUUAACAAAGAGGUGGAAAUCAGAGUCAAAGCCCAGGCCACUCAUUCUUCAAUCCAAAGUAUUGUUAUCAGCGGACCCACAAACAUCACCAAGCACAAGGACACUAAUAACGAGUUCGUGAUCAGAUGGACACCAGUUCCAGAUGAUCUGGGAGAACAUUACCCAGUCUGCUUUGCAGUGGAGUCAGUGAGCGGGUCUUCCGUCUAUCAGUCGGAGAUGAGGUGUGUUCUAGUGGAAAUAAGAAAAAAACAAAUUGAAGCCACAGUGACCUGCACUGAAUCCACAAUGAAGGUGGAGGUUAAGAAAGCAUCUUUCUUCGGACUCGAGGAGGAUCAUCUUCAGCUCAAUGACCCCAGCAACACCAUCUGCAGCCUUGACAGGCUGUCCAACAGCACCCACAUAGUCGCCAUCAUCCCUCUCAACGAAUGCGGCACUCAGAUCGAGGAAGACGACGAUUACCUGAUUUUCAAGAACGAGAUCACAACAGUGGAAGACGACCCAAACGAGAUCAUCACCCGGAAGCAUCUGGUGGAGGCCCGGUUCUACUGCCAGUAUCCCAAGCGGGGAAAUGUGACCCUGAAUUUUUCAGCACACAGAAAAAACGUCACGGUUUGGGAGAAAGGUUUCGGGACGUUCACCUACCAGUUUGAGUUCUACCAGGAUGACCAGUUUGAAGCCAUGUUUGACCCAAACUCCUACCCGCUGGAGUUUGACAUUGGAAACAGGAUCUACAUGCAGCUGGAUGCCAGCUCCUCUGUCAACAACACUGAGAUGUUUGUGGAGUCCUGCAGAGCUGCACCGUAUGACAACCCCAACUACCGUCCGACCUACUCCAUCAUUGAGAACGGGUGUGCCGUCGACUCGACUGUGCAGACAUAUCCAACUUCCAACGAAAGGCUGUUUCAGUUCAGCAUGGAGGCCUUCAAAUUCAUUGGCCUGCAUGACCAGGUGUACAUCAGCUGCACAGUCAUGAUGUGUGAGGCAGGGAACCCCAACACCAGGUGCUCUCAGGGAUGCAUGAACUCCACAUGGUCCCAUUUCUCCAGCCGCAGAAAGAGAGAAACUGUGGUCCAGAGCGGAAAGCACUUAGUUUCCCAGGGUCCCCUGCGUCUAAGGCGUGCAGCAGACCCCAGCAGAGGCACAGAACUCAACCUGAACCCCAACCUGGUGUUUGUUGUUGGAUGCCUUUUUGCUGCGGUUGGGAUGGUCUGCGGAGUCCUUCUUUACAAAACGAAAACCUCCAGGGUCAAAUAUCAAUCCCUGCCCUCAUAUGAAAACUAAACCUGCACCUUCUGCACCAGGCUGCUUGGAUUAUUGGAAUGUGGGAUUCUGGGUGUUUGUGAAUAAAUUCAGGUUUUGAUAGAAAUUGAUUAAAAUAUAAUCAACUCUAAAAGACAACAAAA